CAAUAAAUGAUAGGACUCACUUCAUCCUUCCUCCUCCUCCUCCUCCUCCUCUCUACUACUUCACCGGUGGCUUCUUCCGCCACCCACCGCGCCUGCCACCGCAACCCCGACAUCGUCCACCGGACCUGCCACCACAGCGCGGCCACCGAUCCCAACGUGAACUAUACCCUCUGCGUGGAGUCCCUCGGAUCGUCCCCCAAGAGCAAGAGCGCGAACCUCCGCGGACUGGCGCUCCUGUCGCUGCGGCUCGCCAAGGCCGAGGCGAAGCGCGCCAAAGCCCGCGCGAAGGAGGCGCUUCGGGAAGUCCACGAUGGCGGAGACCGUUACUUGGAGUCGUGCCUGGCGACGUGCCUGGAGCUGUACGCCGGCGCGAACGCUGCCCUGGGCGAGUCCAUCAAGAUGGUGAAGCAGGGGAAGUACGGCGACGCUAACGUGCACGUGAGCGGCUCCGUCGACGCUCCUGGCGUGUGCGAGGGCAGCUUCAAGGAGGGCGGCCGCGCGUCGCCCCUGGGGAAGGAGAACCACCGGUUGUUCCAGUUGACUCUCUCCAUCACCUCCAUGAAUAUUGUGCGUGCUCUUAAUUAAUAAUCAGUUUGGUAAUCAGUUUUUUCGAUUGUCGUAGAUCCUUGGCAAUGAUUGUAGUACUCGAGCUGAUAAGCAAAGUAUUGGAAUAAUUGGUAUACACAUGGUGAUCUGGGUUGAAACUCAC